UCGCUGGUGGGGACAUCGGCCAGAAAAACCGCACUUCAUCACCAGGAAGAGGAGGGCCGAGGGAAACGACGGUAGAGAAAUUGUUGUGGAUUGUCCACACAAGUGUUGAGAGUUUCUUUUGAUAUUCAGAUAGUCCAGCGAGUUACGAACCAACUACCACCAGAGGUACAUUUAUAGGAGGAUUCAGCCUCGUCCUGCAAACGUUAGAGAUGUCGGUCGUGCCUCCCAAUCGCUCGACCACCGGCUGGCCGCGUCGUGGUUCCGUUCAGUUUGAGAACAAAUACAUGAGCGGGCCUGCUAAACCGCUCACACUGGAGAGGACCAUCAACCUGUACCCUCUAACCAACUACACAUUCGGCACCAAGGAGCCUCUGUACGAGAAGGACAGUUCAGUGGCUGCUCGGUUCCAGCGGAUGCGGGAAGAGUUUGAUAAAAUGGGAAUGCGGAGGACAGUGGAGGGUGUUCUCAUUGUCCAUGAACACAGGCUGCCUCAUGUGUUACUGCUGCAGUUGGGCACCACUUUCUUCAAACUGCCCGGGGGAGAGUUGAGUCCUGGAGAAGAUGAGGUGGAGGGUCUGAAACGUCUAAUGACUGAGAUCCUCGGACGGCAAGACGGCGUGAAACAGGACUGGGUGAUUGACGACUGUAUCGGCAACUGGUGGCGCCCCAACUUUGAGCCUCCACAGUAUCCAUAUAUUCCAGCUCACAUCACCAAACCUAAGGAGCACAAGAAGCUAUUCUUGGUUCAGUUGCAGGAAAAAGCGCUGUUUGCUGUCCCCAAGAACUAUAAACUGGUGGCAGCACCAUUGUUUGAACUGUAUGACAACGCUCCUGGAUAUGGACCAAUCAUUUCCAGUCUACCACAGCUAUUGAGCAGGUUCAACUUCAUUUACAACUAACUUGAGUGAACAGAAGUACGUCUCGCUGUCUCUGUGAGUGCAGUCCUGUGUGAGUGAAGAUGAGACAAUGUGGAGAAAAUAAAAUACUUCUCAUCUUUUAGCUCAACUUUCACAAAGGAAAAGCUUGCCAUGUCAGGUAUAUUGACAGUUCACAGGGGUGUUUAUACUGUUAGAAGAAGAAAAUGAAAAUGUCAUGCGUCUGUUUGUUUUUGUUUUGUUUUUUAUCUUGAGAAACUGCUAGUUUGUGUAGUACUCAAGUCUGUCUAUUACAGUGUGUUUUAUAAUCUGAUUUUAUGUCCUCUGAGGAGGCUAAUGUUGGAUUAAACAAACUGUCAUUGAGUUUUCCUGUUGUUUUAACCUGUAACAAUGCUGUGCUCAUUUUUUCUUUUUAAUAAAACAGUCUUUUGAGUAUGUUUUUAUACAA